AUGGCUGCACAAUAUUGUUGCAAUCAACCGAUGCUCCAACCCACCACCACCAAUACUAUAUUGCCAGAUGAGCUCAUCGACGAUAUCCUCCUGAGGCUUCCGGUAAGGUCUCUCCUUCGAUUUAAGUCUGUGUGUAAAUCAUGGAAAACCCUAAUCACCCAUCCCAAAUUCGCAAACAUUCAUCUUCGAUCCUCCACCGCCGCGGAAGACACAAGCAUGGCCAACAAACAAUUAAUCUUUCUUACUAAGAUAGAACCCUACGUGAUCUUAACUUACCAUCUUAAACAAUUAUUUGAAAACCCAUCAACAUGUGCUGAACCUGUUAUCUCCAGCUUCUUAAAGAUGAAAAAGUAUGGUAUUUACGGUUCAUGUAAUGGGUUGUUGUGUCUGUUUGAUCGCUCUCAAUGUCGUCUCAAACUGUUCAACCCUUCUAUCAGGGUCAAAUCCAAAAAAUCUCCACAAGUUUUUCCGCCACUUGAUUGGACGAUGAGGUAUUACGGCUUUGGAUAUGAUCAAAUUAAUGACAAGUACAAGUUCCUUGUUGUUUUGAAAGAUUACGACAACGGAGAAACUUUAACCAAAAUUUAUACCUUUGGUGAAGAUUCUUGCAAAACUAUUCAGAAUUUCCCUUGUAACUUUAUUUGUUUUUAG